AUGGAUGAUCUACGUUUUCGUUGGUUAAAAGAUUCUAUUUAUACGAUAUUAAAUAUUGAUGAAGUUGAUCCAGCAUUUGAAGAUUUUUUGGAAGGUGAUGAUGGUGCUAAUGAAUUACUAAUUGCAAAAUUUCUUAAUGAAUCUGAUACAAAUGUUGAUGAUGAAAAUGCUUUAUUAUUUUAUAAAGAAGUAUUUGAAGAAUUACGUGAAGAACAAGUUGAAAUAACCGAAGAAGAAUGGAUUGAAGAACAACUUGCUAUUAAUCCAGAUUUUGAUCCAAAUGAAGAAGGAACUACUACAAAUAGUGGUGCUGAUGAACAACAACAAUCAGGAGUAAAUGAUUCGUCAGCUAAUCAAACAGUACGUUCAGGUGUUCAAAAUGGAACGUCAGAUAAUAUUGAUCAAACAGGUGAAGGAACAAAUGUUGAUGGAGAAAAUCAAACACCUGAAACACGACCAAAACCAAAACGAUAUCGAAAUGAACUUGUUAAAUAUCUUCGUACAAUGCUUUAUUUAUGUCGUGAUAUUUAUCCAUCGAAUUUAAGUAAAAAAAAUUGUAUCUAUUUUUUACGUACAAUACCAGGAACAAUACCUGCACCAUCAUCGAUUGAAGAUGCUGAUAAAAUAAUGAUUAAAUAUCUUGAUUAUGGUCUAUUGAAUGGACAUACACUUCAUUUACUUGCUAAUACACUGAAUAAAAUUUAUAAUCCAUUAUUAACAUAUCAAAGUGAACAUGAAGAAGCCAAUGCUGUCGAUGGACGUCGAAGUGCAGCAUCUAAAGGUUCUCAAAAAGAAAUUGCACCAACGGAACCAUCAACUGAAGAAACUGAAGAAGACAAAAAAGAUGAAAAACGUCGUCAACAUGAACUUGAAUUACGAGCUAUGUUACGUGAUGAAUUUUUAAUUCAAUUACAAAAAUUUCUUAAUCAAAUUGGUUUAACACUUCGUCAAUUAGAAGGUGAAGUACGUCUUGAAUUACCACCACAAUUUGAUAUUAGUAAAAUUGUUAAAACAAAUAAAGAUGCUAUUGAACAAGCUGAAAGUCUUGUAUAUAAAUGGAAUGGAGAAAUUCGUGAAGCACUUGAACGUGAAUUAAAAAAAACACCACAAACACCUGGACCAUUAGGUGAAAUUGAUUGGUGGCGUGAACGUAAUAUUUCUUUAAGUAGUUUAUUUGAACAAACAAAACAAGAACAUGUUGAACAAGUACUUGAAAAACUUGAAUUAGCAGAAAAUGCAGCACCAUCAUCAUUUCGUGAUACUCGAACUGAUUUAUCAAAAUAUUAUUUAGAAGCUAAAGAUAAUGUCAAAUUUUUAUCAACACUUGAACGUCAUUUUAAAAAUGUAACACAUGGUGCAACAUUUCGUGUUGUUACUGAAACAAUACCAAAAAUGAUGAGUGCAUUACGUAUGGUUUGGAUUAUAUCACGACAUUAUAAUCGUGAUGAACGUAUGGUACCAUUAAUGGAACGUAUUGCUAAUCAAUUAUGUGAACGUGUUGCACGUAGUAUUAAUGUUCGAACAUUAUUUAGUCAUCAACCAAGUGAAAUUAUUGAAAAAUGUACAGAAGCUAAAGAUAUGUUAGAACGUUGGAAACAAUCUUAUUUUGAUGUUCGAGCUGAAAUUGAACAAUCUGGACGUGAUUCACGAUGGGAAUUUGAUAAUAAACGUUUAUUUAAAUUAACUGAUCAUAUGGCAAUUAUUUGUAAUGAUUUUAUUGCAAUUGCAAAAGAACUUGAACAAUUUUAUAAUAUAUUUACACCUGAACUUAAAUCUGUUACAGGAAAACCACAUAAAAUAAAUGAAAUUCUUGAACGUGUACAUAAAGUUUUAGAAUUAAUUGAACAUGCUCCUUGUGAUCCAUUUCGUCUUGAAGAUCUUGAUAAAUGGAAAAUGGUAUCAGCUAAUUAUGGACAACAAAUUGAAGAAAUUGAUGAACAAACAAAAAGUUUUAUUUCUGAAUCAUUUAAAAGUUUACGUUCGGCUGAAAGUGCAUUUGAUAUGUUAUUAAAAUUUGAAAAAAAUAAUACUCGUAUGACUAUACAAGAUGAAAUGCACAAACGUUUUAAUGAUAUUUUACGACAAUAUGAUAAUGAAAUAACAGAAAUUAAUAGUAUAUUUCAACAUAAUAAAACAAAUCCACCUGUUAAUAAAAAUCAACCACCUUAUUCUGGUGCUAUUGCAUGGAGUCGUUCAUUAUUUCGACGUAUUAAACAUACAAUGUUACGUUUACAUACAAAAGAAGCUUUAAUGCAAACAGAACUUGGCAAACAAAUUAAAAGUUAUUAUCUUCGUGUAGCAAGAGAAAUGAAAGCAUAUGAAGAUGGAAAAUUUAAUGAAUGGAAACAACGUACAGAACAAAUUUUACCAUCAUUACAAAAACGUAAUGUUCUUAAAGAAUUACCACCUGGAGAAAAUGACAAUCCUCUUACACCUCGUUAUACAAUUGAUUUUGAUCCACAACUUAAUGAAAUGAUGACUGAAGCAAGAUAUCUUGAACAAUUUGAUUAUAUCUUACCAGAAACUAUUCGACAUUUAGCAUUAAGUGAAGAAAAAAUGAAACUAUUAUCAACACAAUUAAAAAUUGUUCUUAAAAAUUAUCAUCGUCUUAUUGAUUCACUUGAACCUCAUGAACAAUCAUUACUCGAAGAAAAUUUACGACAAUUAAAACGUCAUAUGCAAACAGGAACUCAACGUUUACCAUGGACAUCAACAAAUCAUGAAAAAUUUAUUACAGUCAUAUCUGAACUUAUUUCCAAACUUGAUUCAACAAUAAAUCAAAUAAAAAAGAAUGCACAAGAUAUUCAUGUCUUUCUUGAUGAAAUUCGUCAAUGUAAUCUUUUUCGUGAACCACCACCUAAUCCUGAUGGUUCAUUGGUACAUUGUAAAGAAUAUUUUGAAAUUGUUGAAAGUCGUCGACGACAUGAUGCAAUUGAAUUACAGAAAAAAUAUAAACUCAUUGGUCCAUUAAUAGCAAAAGUAGAAGGACUUGUUUUUAAUACAAAUACAUCUCAAUCACCUAAAAUGAAAGCUUAUUAUGCUUAUUGGGAAAGACAAAUAUUUUCAGCUUUAUCCGAUCUUGUUAUAGAAAACUUAAAAUCAUUACGUGAUACAUUAGCAAAUGGUUCUAAACCGUUAUUUCAAGUUGAUGCUUUACUUGUUGUACCGGCUGUAGCUAUGCAACCAAAUCAAAAUGAAAUUAUUAAAUUAUUUAGUCAAUCAAUGCGAGAUUGUGUUGAAGUGUAA